UUACUCGUACACACUCGAGGAGGUGAGCUGUGCGCUAUUUAGAAGAAACGCCCCCGCACGUGGAAUAUUGAACACUCAAUUCGCUAAUUUAGAGAGUUAGCUUUGUGUACCCGGAUCUCUCUUCUUGAGUCUGCUGUGCAGGAGGAGAGCUUCCAAGAUGACUACCGUGGAGGAGAUGCAGUAUGAAAAGACGUUGAUGUAUGGUCGCUACUCUGAGCUGCAGAGGUUUGCGAGUGAGUUUGCUGCCUCUCGCAGGACCACACCUCACCAGCCACCCGACAUCGAGGAAGCUCUGAAGAAGAAACUAAAGACUUACAAGAUUAGAAGAUACUUUUCUGAGAAGAUCCUGCCAUACAUGGUCGACUGGUUGUUCAUCCUCGUUCUGGGAAUUUCAAUGGCGUUUCUGAGCUUCGUCAUCGACUAUCUCAUAGAUGUGAUUGGACAAGCCCACAUAGUUCUCGCCCUCAGACUCCAGCCUCUGGCUAACCCAGUCCUGAAGUACUUUCUCUGGGUUUCGUUUCCGCUCGUCCUAAUCCUCUUCUCCGUCACCUUUGUACAAGUCGUCUCCAUCCACGCAAUCGGUUCUGGUAUUCCAGAAAUGAAGACUGUUCUGAGAGGAAUUUAUCUGACAGACUAUCUCACCAUACGAACAUUCAUCGCCAAGACUAUUGCCUUGGUUGCGGCCGUUGGUAGCAGUCUACCAAUUGGAAAAGAGGGGCCAUUUGUUCACAUAUCGAGUAUCAUAGCACACGUUAUGAGCAAGUUUGUAACUACCAUCAACAGACUAUAUGCGAACGAGGCUCACAAUAACGAGCUACUGGCAGCUGCUUGUGCGGUUGGAGUCAGUUCAAACUUCGGAGCUCCAAUAGGAGGCGUGCUAUUCAGCAUCGAGGUAACCUCGACCUAUUUCGCAGUCAGAAACUACUGGAGGGGGUUCUUUGGAGCGGUUUGCGGCGCCUUCCUCUUCCGACUGGCGGCCGUCUGGUUCAAAGACGAAGAAACAAUCACCGCACUUUUCAAGACGUCGUUCAGACCUGAUUUCCCCUUUGACCUCCAGGAGCUGUCGGCCUUCGCUUUUAUUGGUGUUGUAGCCGGUUUGGUGGGUGUGGCUUUCGUCUGGUUCCACAAACAGUAUGUCCACGCCCGCAGGAAGCUGAGGAACUACACACGACUCCUGGAGAAACAUGUAUUUAUCUACCCGGUGAUAGUGACGAUCCUCUUCACGUCCCUCACCUUUCCGCUUGGUGUCGGAAAGUUCAUGGCUGGCGAGCUAACGCAACACGCGGCCAUCAACCACCUGUUCUCCAACGUCACUUGGUCGACUCUCCCUCCGCCUCACGAGGCAUUUCAAGACCUUCCGGAAGAUUCCGAGGAGUACCAGAUAGUGCGACAGUGGGGCCAGCCCAACAUCUUUGUCACCCUGCUUCUAUUUAGUGCCCUUCGUUUUCUGUUCACAGCCAUAGCUGUCUCCCUCCCAAUUCCUUCCGGAGUCUUCUUCCCUGUUUUUGUUUUGGGAGCUGCCCUGGGGCGACUGGUCGGUGAAGCCAUGGCAACGGCAUUUCCCAACGGAGUCAACGGGUCCAUUGUAUCUCCCGGAGGAUACGCCGUCGUGGGUGCCGCUGCAUUGGCUGGUUCAGUGACUCACACAAUUUCGACGUCAGUCAUUGUGUUUGAACUGACCGGACAAAUCACUCACAUUCUUCCUGUCAUGAUUGCGGUAUUGAUAUCCAAUGCAAUAUCAAGUGCCCUCCAACCGUCCAUCUACGACAGCAUCAUUCUCCUGAAACAGCUCUCCUAUCUUCCUGACCUCAAGCCCAACAAGUACUACAAUCUGUAUGCGACCGACAUAAUGCAGAUGGACCUGACGUAUGUUUCGUAUCGUUCAACGUACGGAGAGUUGCAGACACUGCUGCGAACAACUCACCAUCCAUCAUAUCCUCUGGUUGACGCCCCAGAUUCCCGGAUCCUGAUUGGUUCCGUAUCGAGACACAACCUGGCAGCCCUCCUGGAAGACCACCUGAGAGGGCUCUACAAACACGCCCAGCAGAUCCGCGGAACUCACGAUGCCGACGAGAUAGAUGGACGAUCGGGAAGAAACACGCCAGACAAAGCUGCAGAUGUCAUGAAGAAAAGAAUAUCGUCUGUUCCUCACUCACUGGCAAAGAUUUUCGGCUCUUCAGACAAACCAGAUUUCCCUGUAAGUCGGUCUAACGCAACCGACCAAUCGUAUUGCACCUCUGAUUAUGACGUCAUUUCCUCCCGGUGCAGGAAGUAGAUGACAGAAUGGAGUGGUCGUCGGAUCAAGAGGGACCGAAACAGGCGCUGGACGAGCUAAAAGAAGAACUUCUCUCUCAGACAAUCGACUUCAAAAAGAGCUACAUUGACCCCGCCCCCUUCCAGCUGGUGGAGCGGACGAGUCUCUACAAGAUCCACUCCCUCUUCUCCAUCCUCUGUCUCUCUCACGCUUACGUCACCAGUAUUGGGAGAUUAGUGGGCGUGGUCACCCUCAAAGAUCUAAGAGAAGCGAUAGAGGGGAAGCUGAAACCAAUAGAAGAGAGAUCACGAUCAGCAACUCUCAUUGAGAUCAGCUCAACGUUAUAGCACUCCAUUCACACACACCACACAACUUUCAUCUUUUUUGUUGUUGACUUCUUCCUCCAAUUGCCUAUAUACUACUUGUGACACUAAUUUUUCACAAAGAUUUAUUUCUGAUUUGCUUCGUCAACCUAUUGACUAUUUUUUGUAUAAUAAUCUUAUGAGUCAAAUUAUAAAAACAACUGAUAAUUGGUGGUUUUGAUAUUAUUAUUUUGUAGCGAGUCCAAAUUCUGCUAACAAUGUGUCCAGGUUCCGUGCCUCCAGAAUGGGAAUGAGACUGGAGCGACCCAGGAACGAGACUGCCAGACGCAGCGUCGACCAUAUCGUCUCAGACAUCUGUGCCACUCCCACCUUGGCCUCGCCCACCGUUUCUGCUGUACCAGUUGCUUGUCUUUGGUGGUUCAAUGCUGUAAGGAAAUGCUCUGCACCCUCCCUGUGGCAAAGGAGUUAAACAGUUCUCUGUGACAAAGGAGUUAAACAGUUCUCCGUGACAAAGGAGUUAAAUGGAAUGUGGCAGUGUACAAAUGGAAACCUUAUUGGUUUUAUUGCCAUCUUUAGCCUUUACGUACUGACACGUUCCGUUUAAUUUUUUCCAGAGCCGCACCAUUAAGAGUUAAGUCCUUGAAAUGUUACAAGAGAUAUGAGUGAAAACAACAUUGGGUGUACAGGUGUGACAUACUGGUACGCUCUGAGGUUGAUGCAGCUGAUGCCGAGAUUGUAGCGACAGCGAGUGAAACCAGGCAUGUGGGCGAGAGCCUGUCUGUAGGCAUGGACUGCCUCUUCACUUCUGCUGCUGUUGGCCAGAGUGGCUCCCAGCUUGUUCCACAGCAGAGCAUCGUCGGGUCUGGUCUGCAGAGCCGCAGUGAAGCAGUCCACAGCCUUGUCAAACUCGUUUGACAGGUUGUACAGAACUCCAAGACACACCUGUAUAUCAGGGUCC